AUGUGCAUUACAAAAGUAAUCAGUCAUAUUACAAACAUUGAGGAAACACCUAAAAAUGAUUCUUUCUUAAUGAAUGCUAUUGGAGUAGUUAGCACUACAUUUCAAACUGAAGGAUUGAUGUCACAUUUAAUAAUUUUUUACCCAAAAGAUCCUUCAGUUGAAACUAAGAUUCAAAGAAUCAAAAAAGAUGAUGUUGUGAGAGUAGCUGGAAAAUUUACUAUUGAAGAAAAAAAUAUUGAAGAUCGCCAAGUUACUUUCAUUAAAUCAAAUUCGAAAUUAAUUCAUCAGUUUAUAUCGAAAGAAAAAAAAUUAGUGAAUGGAUUAAAAAUGAUACAAGCAACAUCACUAUCUUUUGUUAAUUCAACCAACUCCAAUACCAUGUUAGAUAACCAAAUUCCAACAACAUCUCCUAUCAAAAUUAAUCCUUCAGUUGCAAAAAUUGCUCAACAAAUUAUAGGUAAUAAUAAUCCAACAAAUGAAACCAAAGAAAGAAAAGAACAAAAUCCAAAAAUAGCACAAUUGUCAGUAUCUUAA